AUGGCUGUGAAGGGGGCCCCCUGGGGGCCCCCCAAUCGGGGCCCCCUGAGAGUCUUUAGCUGCAGGAGACAACGAUUGAGGCCCUGCAUUCUCCUCUUGCUGCUGAUGUUGCUGCUGCUGCUGCUGCAGGCUGCUGCUGCAGGUGCCUUUCUGCUGCCGCGCUUGCAUGCAAGUGCUGCACACAAACAAAGCUGUCUCCUGGGGGCCCCCUCUGAAGCAGCAGCAGCAGCAGCAGCAGCAGCAGCAAACUUGCACAGGAGCCCUUUCCAUCUAAGGGGACUUCGAACUCGGGGGCAAGUGACAGGGGCAGCAACAUGCCCUGGCUCUGCAGAAGGCCAGCAGCAGCAUCAGCAGCAGCAACAGCAGCAGCAGCAGCUGCCGCAGUAUGAAACAGCAGCAGCAGCAGCAGGCAGUUUCCACCGACCCGUGAUGCUGUCUUUGUCAACAGAUCUUCUUCUUGGGGGCCCCCCAUGCGCAGGCGCAACCUCCUCAGUGUCUCUAGGGAGAGCUUCAGGGGGGCCCCCCAAGGGGGCCCCCGGGGGGCCCCCAGAGGGGCCCCCUAAGCCGCGAGUUUUCGUAGACUGUACUGCUGGGGGCGGAGGACAUUCUGCAGCAAUAGCCAAAAGACUCAACCCCCAAGAUAUUCUCAUUUGCUGCGACAUCGAUGGAGAGGCAUUAGCAGCAACGCACACUCGUCUAUGUCCCUCCUGCACACACCCACAACAUAGGGGGCCCCAAUUAGGGGCCCCCCAGUUAGGGGCCCCCCAGUUAGGGGCCCCCCAAGGAGGGGCCCCCCAAGGAGGGGGUCCCCAAGGAGGGGGCCCCCAAGGAGGGGGCCCCCCAGGAGGGGCCCCCCAAGGAGGGGGUCCCCAAGGAGGGGGCCCCCAAGGAGGGGCCCCCCAAGGAGGGGGCCCCCAAGCAGGGGGCCCCCAAUUGGGGGGCCCCCACGGGGGCCCCAAGAUAUAUUUUGUGCAGGGGAAUUUUCGGUUUUUGCGAGAAAUUGUCUCCGUGGCCUUGGGGACAGAAGGAGAUGGAAGGAUUGACGGGAUAAUAGCGGAUUUGGGGGUCUCUUCUUGGCAGCUCGACUCGGCGCAUCGGGGCUUCAGCCACAGAUUCAACUGUCCCCUGCUGCUGCAAAUGUAUCACCCCCUACCAUCAAGCAGCAGCAACAGCAGCAGCAGCAGCAGCAGUAGCAGCAGAGAUUGCAGCAGCUGCGAGCACGUGUAUGUACACCGCAAGUCUGUGGAAGUGGCACUCGCUCAGCCGUCCCCAACAGAGCUUCUGCAGCACGGCAGCGGCCCGCUGCUGCAGCGGGUGCUGUGGCAACUGGGGGAGGAGCGGCUGGCGAGGCGCAUCACAGCUGCGCUUCUCUCCCGUCAGCAGCAGCAGCAGCAGCAGCAGCAGCAGCAGCACAUGGAGACUGCGGAGUUAGUGGAGUUGGUUCGGAGGUGUCUCCCCACUUCUUCGCUUAAAGAAGAGAAAAAAACCCUCUCAAGAGUCUUCCAGCAGCUACUUGGCUCUUCUGUCUCUUUGCUGCAGGCUUUAAGAAUGUACAUCAAUGAGGAGACACUUGCGCUGCAGCAGCUGCUGCUGCAGGCCUUGCUGCUGCUGCGCCCUGGGGGCCGUCUGCUGCUGCUGUCUUUUCACUCCAUUGAAGACAAAAUAGCUGCAGCAGCUUUCCACAGAAACAAACUGUCCCCAGCAGCAGCAACAGCAGCAGCAGCAGCAGCAGCAGGAGCAGCAGCUCUAGUAGAGGACCCUUUGAGAAGGGGCUGGCGGGGAAGAGAUUCUGCUGCUGCUGCUGCUGCGGCUGCUGCUGCUGCUGCUGACGCAAAGGCUGGCUGGAGGCCCCUUUUCAAGGGGUAUUUACAGCCCACUGCAGAAGAAGUGGCCAGCAAUGCGCGGUGA